AUGCCUGCUAGUACUGAUGGCACUGAUCAGUCUAAAAUCACCCUACGCCGAGCCAAACAGCUAGUUGCUGGUAAGUUCUCAUCUAGCUCUAAUGACCUCAUUCGGGAAGAUUGUCCACCACUUCCGCAUAGUGAAGAACUCCCACUGUCUCCGAGGUCUAAUGGUUCGGCCGGUUCUAUCGAUUGUCAGGAUUCAACAGCAGUCGAAGCCUCUAGUUCGGUGCAGCCGCCAGAAGUUCUAGAUAGUGGAGGGACCAGUUCAACACCUUCCAGAGCCGUAAGUUCUACUCCUGAUGUUACAUCAUCCACACCAGGGGGGCGUAUGAAUCCUAUUCUGAGAUUCGGUGUCUCUGUUCGUAGUGAUGUUCAUCUACGACAAGGUUGGUCGGUGAUCUCUACGGCUCCUACCUAUCAAGGGCUUGCUUCUGUUGUUGAAGACGCUAACGACUCUGACACGGUUGUCAUACGUCCUCUCCGUCUUCAACCUGGUGGUGUUGGUGAGUUGUCUACCAUGGACGACGAUGUCAUUCACGAGGUUCAAAGGAACGAACUAAUCUUCGUGACUUCCUCCUCAAGACCCCUUACACGAUCAUUACUUGAGAAGGUCACCAAUCUGCUCACCCAUAUAGGGUCUAAUUAA